UCGGAUUCGAUUCAAUUGGGGCGGAGAGGUAGCCCGCGCAGGAUGGCGGUGUGGACCGAGCACAAGACGAAGGACGGGCGAUCGUACUUCUACAACAAGCAUACGAAGGAAAGUGUGUGGGAGAGGCCGGAGGGCUUCGUGUCCAAGGCAGUCGAGGCGUCCGCGACGAACCUGACACCGGAGUGGGAGGAACGCAUGGACAAGAAGACCCAACGUCUAUACUACUACGACAGGGUGAACAAGAUCAGUCAAUGGAUCAAACCUGAUGGAGACGUGCACAUCACGAGCUAUGUGAACAAGGACCGCGAGAGUAAGACGGAUGGGUCGUCGACAACCACAACAGCUACCGAGAACGUUGCAACUGACGGAGCGGCGAUAAAUGCGACAGAUAUUGCAAGUGCAUCCAAAGAGAGUACAUCGACUGCAAAGGGGUCUUCAAAUGAGUCGUCGGUGAAAAAGCACCAUCACCAUCAUGCGCGCAAGGACUUUGAGAAGAAACCCGACGACGAUGACGAGAACACCGACGACCUCGCAACAUCCAAAGCCGACGGCGCGAAGUCGUCCCUUCAAGAAUGGGAAGGUGACGAAGAUGACUCAUCCAAGUCGAAGAAACGAAAGAAGCGGGACAAGGGUGCCUCGUCGACCAAAUCCAAGGCGAAGAAACUUCACAAGCAAGGAGACUUCCAACGAGCCAAAAAGUCCACGUCGACCAUCAUCCGUGAUUCUUUCGACGUUGCUGGAGGACUUCAGGUCUCGAUGGAGAGCACAGACGAAGCAAACCAGUUGCUGCAGUUACUUGGCAAGACCGACUCGAUCAUGGAGCUCGAUAUUCUCUCCACAAUUAACGGGUUCCUGCGCACACACCCCGACGCAAACGGACCUGAAAUGCUGGUGAAACAAUUGUCGACGGCAUAUCGCGGCCAUGCGCAAAUGUGCCGGCUGCUUGGAUCGUGGCUCGAUGCGUCCAUCCCAGAAACGAAAUCCUCCCGAAUGAGUCUGGCAAAAACACCGGACAACGACGUCGAUGCUGACACGCUCAUCUUUCACGCGCUCAAGCAGGCCAUCAUGGACCGCUACGACCCGAAACUUCUGUCGAACGUCCUGAGCGACUCGAUUGCCGAGCCAGAGUGGCUCAACACCAUGUUGCACGAUCGCAAGUGGCGCCUCAUGCUCAUUGAACUCGCUGAAAAACACAAAACGUGCAGUUUACUGCAGUACGCGAUUCGUCGCAUCUCGGAAGCUGGUCAUCACAAGGAAAUCGCCUCCAUCACAAACGCCAACGACGUGUUCCCAGUCUUCAAUGCGAUCGUCGCCGACAUCCUCAAGCGGAUUCCGUUCGCUGGCGUCGAUGACGUGCGGGAAGACUACCGCGCGUUGGAAAAGAUCUGCGCCCAUGCCGCAUACUUGUACAUGUACACGCAAGAAGCGCUGCUCGUCCUGAACGAGGCGCUGUGCAAAGACCCGACGAUGCAACCAGCGCGUUCCAAGCUUGAACGCCUUCGCCAGUCCCUCCACGAAACGGUCUUGGUAAAACAUGGCGCACAGAAACUGGACGCCCUUCAUGUUGUCAAGCGCGCCGCCAUCGCUCGACCGUACCCUGCUCUCUCCGAAGCCAUCAGUCUGGUGCUUCAGGAAAACAAGUGCUCCCUCGCCGCCUGUGAGCUCCUCAAGACUGUGUACACGUCUUCGACGCCACCUCCCGUCGCGCAUCUGCGCGAGCAUGUCAUUCUGCAGCGGCUCACGACUGCCUUGUUUCACCCGUACGAAGCGAUGGAGAAUGCCGCCCACCGCACCGCCUGCGCGUUUGUUUUGGCGUAUGCUGCCACCGUCCAGGAUCCACGCCCGCUUCUAGCGACCACCACGACGGACACGUUGGAAUGGAGCGACGAGCACGUCCAAGGGAUUGCCGCCGCGCUGGAAGCCGCUUCCAUUGUUUGCAAAUCGGAAACCACGUUGAGUUACAACGUACGGGAGAGCAAUCGUUGGAUGCUCAAGCACGUGAGGUUCUUACGAGGCAUUGUGUUGGCGUAGAUGAACGAGUCGGACGCAGUGGACAAGUUGGUGCGGUCCAUGGCGAUCCCCGUCGUGUCGAUGGGCAUUCUGCACUGGUUGCAGCUCCUCCUCGCGUCGAAAACGUUUUACAACGGCCCGUUCUUCCACGCGGCGUUUCCAGUGUUGCUGAAUCUGCUUCGGCAAGCGAUCUCCCUUCACGUGGCGCAAUGGCCAACGGUGUUUCAAGUCCUCGUCACGGCGGUGCGCCUACAACCCGAAUCCAACCCGGUCAAAGUUCUCGAAACGAAGAAGGAGACGCUGAGGUGCUUGGUUCACCUCAUGACGUGUGGGUACAUCUUCCCUGUGCUGCAUUUCAUCGCGACGCAAACCGACGACUUGGACCAAGCCUUGCUGCGCAACUUUAUACAACUCGUGCUUGCGCGGAUCGCGCCACCGUAUUCGCUUCGAUUCACGACUGCGUUGAGUCGAAUUCUUGUGCAUCCGAAAGUGUCCCAAGCUCUGCGGACAUGCCCUGCCGAGACCAAAACCAAGCUCAAGGAGUUUGUUCACGUGUGUCAAGCAGAAGAUGGGCUUGCCACCGAAAUCCGCCAUAUCCUUCGAGACUGCUAUGAGGAUAAUUAAAAUCGCAUGCAUCGUCCGUCUCCCCCGCCGCUGCCGUGCGCCGCCGUUGGCGACGUCAUGCAUGCUUCCAAUGUAUCUGGAUCUGUGACGC